ACAACCCUGAUGGAGUGGAUGUGAGAAAUACAGCAAGUUCCUUCCCUCCAGGAGAAAAGCAGUGUUUCUGUGCAUAUGUGUGUGUGUAUUCAUCCGUGAUUGUGUGUGUGUGAGUGGGUGGCCCAGCCCACUCUUACACAACACCUCCCCAGGAUCCUCUGAGAAGUUUCUAUCUGGCAGGAUACUGACUGUAGAGUUGCUCUGUGACUGCAUGCUGUCUGGAGUCAUGGCUGCACAGCUGGUUGUAGCUCUGCUGGCGCUCACCUCCCUUUGCGCUGCUGCACCUGAACCCAACUGUAAAGAGCUGGUGAAGCCUUUGGUACUGGACAACCACAGCCCUGUGAGUAUCAGUCCUUCAUUUCCAGCAGGUGGUGAUCUGCUGUAGUGCUUUGAUAUAUAUGGAAAAGUUGACUUUUUAUUUGUGUUUACUUCUUUAAGAGUUAGGGCAGCGUCAUUUAUUGUCAUUAACUUUCUAAUUAUGAGUGUUGUAAGUUCAAUGGUCGAUAAAGCAAUCACUCUUUGAAUUGGCUGACUAUUAAGGUUUGUUUAGCUACGUCAACGCACGCUUAUUUUCCUAUUUCUAUAUCAGGAAAUCUAUUUAAACCAUUAUGAAUUUUAUUUGUCAAUUUGUUGAUUCCUUUGUUUCUGCCUCAAGUGUUAAUCUCAUCAAUAUGAAGCCCUCUUUGUCGAGAUAAAUAUUUAUAUAAGCGAUUGUGUUUGUGUCAGAUCUAUGGGAAAUGGGUGCUCCAUGUGGCAUCCUGGGAUGAGCCCGGUCUAAAGGAUGACCUGAUCGCAGUGAACAGCUCAUGGGUGGAACUGUCAGCUUCAUCAGACAGCGCAUUCAUCUCCCUCUACUGGGCCGAUCGCCUGUAAGGACAACACGACUGUAAAAGAUCCGUCACUGGCUCUGUCAUGGCUGUUAUGUUUCUUUCGAUUGUCUCUAAUAUUCUAAUAAGAUUUGUCACAGUGUGCACUUUAAAGCCCCCAUGAGGCUGAAAUGAACAGUAAUAUCUUUUGUUAUGACGCACAAAAGCAAACAAGACUAUUUUUACAAGACAAAGUUUACAGUUUUGAUUUGUAAGUAUUACUGCCUGUGACUGUUGUGAGGGGAAAGGUGUCCCAACAUUUUCAAAAGAAAAGGUAACACUUUACAAUAACCAUAAUUUAUAAAUAGUAAAUAGAUAGUUUAUUAAUGUUUAAUCAUCAUUUAAAAACAGCAUAUAGACCAAUUAUAAAUGGCAAAUAGAUAGUUUAUUAAUGUAAGUUAUUGUUACUUUACCAUUAACAAGCAAUGAAAUUAUGAUUAAUAACGUUCGUUUUUUAUUGAUGGACUAUUUAUUAAAGGUUUAUACAGGGUGUAAAUAUUGAUUGUAAAACAUCUAGAUUAAAAUGUGUGUCAGUAGCACUUUGUAAAUGGUUAAUAUUUGGUUUUUAAACCAUCUAUAAACAUUACUUAGAUAGUUAUUGUAAAGUUGCAACUGAUGUUCGAAUACUUUGUAAAUGAUUAAUAAGUGGUUUAUAAACCACCUAUAAACAUUACUUAGCUGUUUAUUGUAAAGUUAGGGUUAGUUUUUUAAUUUUUUUAUAUUUACAACUUAUUAAUGAUCUAUAUGCUAUUUAUAAAUGAUGAUUAAACAUUAAUAAACUAUCUGCUUACUAUUCAUAAAUGAUGAUUAAACAUUAUUAAACUAUCUGCUUACUGUUUAUAAAUGGUCAUUUUAUCAUUUAUAAAUGAUGGUUAUUGUAAAGUGUUAGCAAAGAAAAUAUUCAGAAUGAGUUAUUUGAUUGGUACAGAUAGCAGGCUUUGCCUUUUUACAGGAAAAUUUUACAAACAAGUAAAGCACAAUGUUAGCAAAGAAAAGAGAGGCACUAUUUUAACAACAGGAGGCACUAAAACCAACUCUUAGAGUAACUUCCUCACAGGAACUUCAUGUGUGUAUUAAAAGGCUGACUGAUGCUUUUUGUACGUUUUUUUUUCCUGCUUUUUCAUCAAAGACGAGAAAAAUGUCUCCAAGGAUCAACCAACGCCACAGUCUCAGGAAUGACAAGUCACACUACAUGUUCGUAUCUCCAAAGUAUUUUCUGUUCAAGAUGAUUUGACAAGUGUCUGUUUGUAAAAGAAUAAAAUCCUCUCCUGAUGUUCCACAGUUAAUAUCAACGGUCACACAUCUUAUCAUGAGGGUAAGUACUACGAGACCUGCUCCGACUGCCUCCUGUCUGAAGACACUACCCUCCUCCCUGACGGCAAAUCAAAAGGACGCUACCUUUUCCUCUUCAGUAAGGUUUUUCCCUCUCUAUCACAUAUUUACAGUCAUUGACAGUCAAGUGGAUUUUAAUCAUGUCCUUUUUUUUAAAGCAAAAACUGGGAACCUAGAGCCAUCUGAGCUGGAGACCUUCAAGAAGCAGGCGGAGUGUCUUAAUUUCCCACAGUGGUACUACUUUGGAGGCACAGGUCAGUGAUCAGCUAUAGCUUCAGCUCUGUAUCUUCCUGGUAUUCAUUUUGUGCAUCUCUCCUCACUGUUCAGUCGUUGCUUUUAUUUCAGAUCUUUGUCCUGAUCUCAGGACAGCUGCUGCAGAGAACACAGAAGCUGAAGUCGAGCCUCCUGAAAACUAAAGCCGAGGAGUGUCUUAGCUCCAUGAAUAGUCCAUUUACAGUCAUCUAAACCCGCAUUAAACUGUGAUAUACUGUGAAUUAGUGAUUUAACAUUGUGCACUAGAAAAACCUUUUAUUUGUCAGGUUGGUUUCAGCAGGAGAGACGAGGUUGAAGCCUGAUGGUGUCAAGUCAUGUUAUGGAAUGAAGUCUGUCAUGAGCAGAAGACAUUGUGUUGUACAUUUCUGUCUGGUUGAACUUUCAUGGCUGGUUUAGGAAAUGUGAAAGCUGAGAAAUUUGAGGUAUAUUUUGGUACGGUAACGACUGAAACAUGUAGUGUAACCUCUUAAACAAUGUGUACAUAAUAGACUGAUUUAACUGAAUGUGUGAUCUAAAUAAAAGCGUCUUCUUUUCCCUCUCUGAAUUGUUUUCAGC